GAUAAGGAAGGAUCCUUUGCAAUUGUCCGAAUAGCACAAACAAGAGAAGAUUUCUAUUAAUCGAAGGAGAGUUGAAACCAUUGUUCUAUUAUUUUGUUUGAUACAGAUCGGUAGUUCUUGCAUUCACAAUGGAGUCUCCUCCAAACAAAGAGAUAGCUUUGGCCCCAGUAUCGGUCUUAUGGGACAUGAAGAGGUGUCCGGUUCCCGAUGGCUAUGAUGCUCGUCGGAUAGGUCCGUGUAUUAAACGGAGUUUGAGGAAGUUAGGCUACUCUGGUCCUAUCACCAUCACUGCCGUUGGCUCACUAGCAAAGGUCCCUCGUGACAUCCUUGAAGCGGUCACUUCCACUGGAAUCUCUCUUAGGCAUUCCCCCUACAGUUAUAAAGACUUGGUUUCUCUUUUCCUGUCUCGUGAUUUUGAGUCUGCACCUCCGUCUUCUAUGAUGGUCAUAUCCCGUCCAUCAGCCGCCACUCCUCCAAACUUCUCUCCUUUUCUUAGCGAGCUACGUGGGUAUGGACACAAUUCUAUUUUCCCCUAUCCAUAUGAUUCUCCUCAACAAGCCUCAUCCACUCAUGCAAGGUGCCUCUGGAAAAACUUUCUUCUGGCAGGGGCACUUGAUGAGGAGGAUAGGUGCAGUGACACGGGUGAACCUGCCUUCUGGGUUUGCACUGUCUGCCGUCGUAUUGGUGACCCAGGUCUUGCUGGCCUAGGCGUUGUUGGUCGAGGCGUUGAUAAUUUCAUCACGCAUCUCUCUACUCGAGAACAUGAAGUGAAGCUUUACCAAUGGUUUCCCCCCAGUGGCGAUGUAUACUCUUACCUCGGCGAGGAACUCGAGGGGUUCAAGGAGGAGUACAAGGGGUUCGACGAGGAGGACGAGGAAGCCAGAGUUGAGGCGCCUCUUGUUUCUUUUCAGGCGAAUGCUACUACCAUGGACCAUGGUGAGUGAAGAAGCGCAACCAAAGGCCCGUUUUAAUAUCUGAAAACUAAAAUAGUGUAGGCUUUGUGAGAGGAAGACGUGAGGAAGAAUAAAUUAAGUUCUUGGUCGCAACAAGCUAUC